AUGCGCACAAUGAGCGUCUCCCAAAGUGCUGAAGUAGCCUGCGUGAAAAUGCACAAGCUGAAGUCGUCGCAGAGGGACAAGGUACGGCAGUUCAUGUCGUUCACGCAGGCGGGCGAGAAGACGGCCGUUUACUGCCUGACGCAAAAUGACUGGAAGCUGGAGGUGGCCACCGACAACUACUUCCAGAACCCGGACCUCUACUGCAAGGAGUCCAUGAAGACGUCUGUGGACCGCAAGAAGCUGGAGCAGCUCUUCAACCGCUACAAAGAUCCUCAGGAUGAGAACAAGAUCGGCAUCGAGGGCAUCCAGCAGUUUUGCGACGACCUUGUGUUGGAUCCUGCCAGCAUCAGCGUUCUGGUGGUGGCGUGGAAGUUUCGCGCAGCCACUCAGUGCGAGUUCUCCAAGAAGGAGUUCCUGGACGGCAUGACGGAGCUGGGGUGCGACAGCCCCGACAAGCUCAAAGCCCUUUUGCCGAGACUGGAGCAGGAGCUGAAAGACAGCGGCAAGUUUAAGGACUUCUACCAGUUCACCUUUAACUUUGCCAAAAAUCCCGGCCAGAAGGGUUUAGACUUGGAGAUGGCUGUAGCUUACUGGAACUUGGUUCUGUUAGGAAGAUUUAAGUUUCUCGACCUUUGGAAUAGAUUUCUUUUGGAACACCAUAAACGCUCCAUCCCAAAAGAUACAUGGAACCUGCUGUUGGACUUUGGGAACAUGAUAGCAGAUGAUUUGUCCAACUAUGACGAGGAGGGGGCGUGGCCAGUGCUUAUAGAUGACUUUGUGGAAUUCGCUCGACCCAUCGUAACGGGAACAAAACGUAAAACUCUCUAAAAGAAAACAAACUGGGAAGGAGAAUAUUUCUUUUAAAGAGACUUUGUAGACUUUUUUUGAAGGAGGAGGUUUUUUUUUUUUGUUGUUGUUUUUUUUAACGGUGGCCAACAGCAGCACUUUGAGGACGGAAGAGGGACAUUGCCGGAACAAUCCUGGCUACUCCUGCUGGAUCCUCGGAAUCCUGCGAGCGCUCGCCGCUCCAGGUCGGACACUGAUGCAGCACGGAGACGACCUUACGUGGACAAGAAAAGAAAGGACAAAAAGGAGUGCUCACGUCACCAGCACCACAACUUGACCGUACAUACUGUAUCUAUUUACAAAAGAGAACUAUAUGAAGAAUAAUAUAAUUACAAUCCCAUUUAUAAAUCAUUCUUUUAUGUACACUUUAAAGUUGUCUCAUGGGUUUGAUAUGAUGUGUCGGUGUAGUGUGUCGCCUUAGGGCUGUGAUCGUAUCUUCUCCGUUUUGGUACUUGCCGUGUCCACUAAAUCGCCGUGUCGCAACUACGCUUUACGAUUUCCUUUCACCAAGGAAAGUUUUGUCGUGACCGCUCGGAGUAGGGAUGACUAAGAAUUGAUUAAUCAUGUUUUGAAUGGAUUGAGGCAAAAUGGAGUGCAUUACUUGGCUGUGACCAAUUGUUUACCCUCUCAACUAGUUCGCUGUCAUUCAGAUCAUUCAAGAACAAUCAAAUAUUAAUUUUCCCCACCGUGAAUUGUCCAUCUACACCCGGGAGGCGUUCUUUUCACUUUUUAGGCAAUGACUCUGAACCUAACAAGGCAAAAUGAACGAUAAGAAUGAUAAACAGAGCCUUAUUAAUAAUACAAUACAAUUACUGUUUUUGUUCAAUGUUACAGCUAGAGACAAAUUACCAUUUAUUCCUGUCAGUACAGUAUGAUGUUUCAUUUUAAAUA